AUGUUCAUCGAGUGGUUUGAGUUCACAACAUAUGGAGAGAAUGAAAAGGAGGAAGUGGUCUAUAGGUGUGUGGAUGAGAAAAGAAGAAGAAUCGAGAAGAAUGUUAAAGCCUAUUGUGUGGGUUCAUUUGAGAAUGAGAAAGAAGAACAAAGAUUCGGUGAAGCCCGGUAUAAGGAUGAGAAGAGAAGAACAAAGGAGAAGAAUGGCCAAGCUUAUUAUGUGGGUUCAUUUGGGUAUGAGAAAGAAGAAGAAGAAAGAUGA